GUUGCGACGGCUGGCGCCAGCGCUGCUGCCGCCAAGGCUGCGGGUCUGGAGGGCCUGCAGCUGCAGCAGCGGCGCCGCGGCGCCGAGGCGGCCGGCGGCGGCGCCCGCGGCUGCGCCCUCUCGGCGAGCUCCGUGCGCUUCGCGCGGAACCACGACACGGUGCAGAACCCUGGCUCCUUCUACGGAUUGUCGCAGUCCUGCUCCCAGGCGAAGGCGGUGUGGGCGUGGCUGCUGGCGGUCCACGACGGCACGGUACUGGUGUACCCCGACGACCUCGAGGACCGCGGCAGCGGCGCGCUGCUGCGGCGCGCGCUGGCCUUCCGAGCGCGCUGUGGCGCCGCGGGGGCGGCGCAGAGCGAGGUUUGCUUGCGCUACGGCAAGGGCGGCGGCCCGCCGCGGCUGCUCUCCGUGGCCCUGCGCUGCUCGGGCGGCCGCCUGGUGGGGCUGUGCCUGCUCAGCCUGCUGCCCAAGUCCCGCCUGCGCAUUGCCGCCGCGCCCUGGGCGCCCAGGCCGGGCGAAGCGGCCACCUGGCCUCUGCUUGCAGAGGACGGCACGGCGGCGCUGCUGCGCGCGGCCGACGGGGCGUUGCUGGGCGCCGCGGGCGCCGCGAGCACCGUGGUACUGCAGCCCCUCGACGCUGCUUUCUUCUACGCUUCGGCGGCUACAAGUGGUACGUGA